AUGGUCGAGUCAGAUGACCACCUUCCCCGCCUGCUUUGCCUUCACGGUGGCGGCACAUCAGCCAUGAUAUUCAAAAUCCAAACCCGCCGUCUCCAAUGGGCUCUCCGUUCUACCUUCAAAUUCGUGUUUGCCGACGGCCCUUUCCCAAGCGGUGCUGGUCCUGGCGUUCUACCAGUCUUCGCAGGCUGCGAGCCCUACUUCCGCUGGUUAAACCCCGCAAGCCAGGCCCCAGAACAGGACCAGAGACGUGUGCGACAGGCGCUGAGGAAGGUGAUGGACGAUGACGGCGGCGAGUUCGUAGGGGUGUUGGGCUUUUCGCAGGGUGCCAGGUUGACCGCAGGGUUGCUUGCUGAUCAGGACGAGCGAAAUGCCGCGGACGGAAUGCCAAAUUGGAAGUUCGGGGUUAUGCUGUGUGGGUCAUUUCCCCCGUUGAGUCUAUCUUUAGCCAGGACGCCUUCAACGAAACCUAGUCAGGGGGUGGACGAGCAUGGCGAGACGAGGGAGCCGGAGGAUGAUGAGAUCGUUCAUGUCCCCUGCGUGCUUGUGAGAGGAACAUUGGAUCCGCAUUCCGAGAAAGGCAGACGAUUGGUGAAGUACUUUGAUCCGGAGACUGCAAUCUCGAUGGUGUUCAAGAUGGGUCAUCAUUUGCCUGGCGCAGCAGGAGAUACGACGAGUGAUAAAGGGGAUUCACAGAAGAUUGUGGAUGCGAUAUUGAAGGUCUAUGCGGACCACUUACCUUAUGAGGUGUUGAAGGCACCAAAGGCGACGGCGAUAGAAUAUGGGAACGGGCAGCUGAGUGCCUGA